AUGGUUUCCACAUCCCCUCCCCAUCAGUGGAGAUUGAUGAGGUUUAUGAAAAGGUACAAUGCCUUGUGCAUUACAGCUAUCAGAUAUCUGAAAAGAAGCUUAUGCUGCUUGAUAUUCAGGGUUCCUUUUUUAAGUUGUCCGAUCCAGAAAUUGCAACAACAGAUCUUCUUGUUAAUAAUGCAUCACUGGAUUCAAAGGAGGUCAACUGCUGUGCUGGCAACCUUUCCUGUAUUGCAAUUGUUGAAUUUAAAUCAAAACACUCCUGUAACAAGUACUGUGACACGAUAUCUCUGAAAGUGUUUGCUGAAAAUGGUAUUUGA